AGUUCAAGCCGUGCGUUUGUCCGAGCAGGUCGUCUUCUGUCUCUCUCUCCGGGUGUUUUGCGCGAUCUUCACGUGUCCCAAAAGUGCGAAGUGUGCGUCGUUACGGGUGUUCAACCUCGAGCGACCGAUAAUCCGAGAAACGAGUGAUCAAGUGAACUACAUUUGAUUUCUUAUUUUUUGUCAACCACGCGAUUGGGAUUAAGAGUUAGCUAAGAGUGUGAAGUUUCAGUUUUGGAAGUGCGUGUGGUUCGACGAGUGGAAGGUUACGCGCAAAGUUUGGAGGGGGACGAGGCGGAAAGUUUUUGACACGAAGAAAGUGCGGUUCAAGAUUUUCGAUUGUCAACAGUAAGAGGCCAAGAGUGGAAGCAGAACCUGCUCGGGGAAUCUGUCUUAACAGUACAUAUCUACUCAGAGAAGGUGUCAAGUGUGCAGCUUGAAGUGAUUUUGGAAGAAGGAACAAAGGAACUACUGCUGCUGCAAUCAUGCCGAAUGCCAGUGCCAUGCAGGAGCUCCACCUGAACGGAAGCGGCCCAACCAGCAAUGGAGUUAGUAACGGAAAUGGAUACUCGACUGCGAUGACGAAUGGCGUUAAUGGGCAUCAUCACAUGAACGGAAAUGGAAAUGCACUAAUGCCGAUGAAAUGCACCUGCAAAAAUGGUUCCGUGGGGAACAGCGACAGCAACAACAAUAAGGGUCACGAAAAAUGCACAUUCCAUCACGAUCUGGAACUGGACCACAAACCAUCGACCCGGGAGGACCUGCUGCCGUUCAUGUCCAAAUCGUACCGCAUGUUGCUGAGCAGCCUGGGGGAGGAUCCCGAGCGACAGGGACUGCUCAAAACGCCAGAGCGAGCUGCCAAAGCGAUGCUGUUCUUCACCAAAGGAUACGACCAAAGCUUGGAAGAGGCUCUCAACGGUGCCGUCUUCGAUGAGGACCACGACGAGAUGGUGGUGGUGAAGGACAUCGAAAUGUUCUCCAUGUGCGAACAUCACCUGGUGCCGUUCUAUGGCAAGGUGUCGAUCGGCUAUCUGCCCUGCAAGAAGAUUCUCGGACUCAGCAAGCUGGCCAGAAUUGUGGAAAUCUUCUCCCGCCGGCUGCAGGUCCAGGAACGCCUCACCAAACAGAUCGCCGUGGCCGUUACGCAAGCCGUUCAACCCGCCGGUGUGGCCGUCAUCAUUGAGGGAGUGCACAUGUGCAUGGUGAUGCGAGGCGUGCAGAAGAUCAACAGUAAAACCGUCACCUCGACGAUGUUGGGCGUCUUCCGGGACGAUCCGAAGACCCGCGAGGAAUUCCUUACGCUGUGUAACAACAAGUAGGAAAAGUGCGAGCAACUUAAUCGAAUCCCGCAUGAAUGGUGCCACGAGGGCAGCGAUAAUUCUGCUGGCAUACCUUUUAUCCGUUUAACUCUCUUCUAGUGUAAUGUGUAUAACCCAGCUAUUAGGUGUCUAAGUCGAAAGCAACUGGAAACUCUGUUAUCGGAAGUCCAAAUAUGUGUGCGUGUGUAAAAACUGUUAUUUCCUGGAAAAUAUUAAUUGUUGAUGUUGUCAAAAGAAAGUAAAAUUAAUCAAAUGAGAUAACGAGAGAUUGAGAACGAGUGAGUAAAGCAUACAAAAAUUUACAAAAUAUAUGAAACACAUGAUAGAACCAGUUUUCCGAGGGGCCAAGCUCUUACCAAGUAGCGAUCGCGGAAACAAUCAUACUCUCAACGAAAAUUGCCAAUAAUUUUAAAUACCUUAGGCGUGUAAGCAUACAAGGGACAUUUUAACUCUAGGCGAACGAGAAAUACGAUUUUAGCGAAACGCAGCAAUAGCAUCACGUAUUUUAGAGGAAGUAUUUUACACACACUAGCCCAGUUGUACUUGUUGUUACUCACAAAAAGAUUAAGCGAAAAAAUUUGAAUACUUUGUUAAGGUUGAUAUUGUUGAUCGGAGAUACGUUUUACAAAAUAAAAAAAAUAUGUUUGUUA